AUGAGUGGUAAGAGUCACAGUCCUUCGCCACCAAGGGGACGCUAUGGCGGUGUUGGUGGUAGUAGUCAUGAUCCAAAUCAUUCAUUCAGUUUGUUAGUCCGCAACAUUGCUUCAAGUUGCAGGCUUGAAGACUUUCAGAAGCCAUUUGAGCAGUUUGGUCCUCUCAAGUGUGUCUACCUUCCAUGGAGUCACUAUACUGAGUAUGAUUCUUGCUUUAACGAGGAUCAUCCAUGUUUCUUUGGCAACCCCGAAGGAUAUGGUUUCAUAGAAUAUGAAAGACUUGCUGAUGCUGAAGAGGCUAGAAACCACAUGCAUGGUGAAAUUCUCUUAGGCCGGACGCUGACUGUUCUUUAUGCGGACAAAAGAAGGGAAAGAGUGUGUGCAAGAUCUGUUUCUCCCGCAAAGAAAAGGAGGAAUGCUAGAGAAUUAGAUAGAUCAUACUCGCACAUUAUGAGCUCCCAAAGAGAGCAUUGUCGAGCGGGUAGAAAUCCUGAACAAUCUCCUUCUCGUAAAUAUGAAAAGUCUCGUGCAAGAGGUGCUGAAAGAGGAGUGAGUCCAAGUCCCCGGCGAAAGUGGCUGUGGAAGUGCCAGCCAGAGCCCAAUGGAGGAGACAAAAAAGGGAAACCAUAG